AUGAAGGAACUUGGAGAACUGAAGCAUUUUCUUAGGCUGGAGAUUGACCGAAGCAACAAAGGCAUAUUCCUCUGUCAGCAGAAGUAUGCCAAAGACCUAUUAAAGAAAUAUGAGAUGCUCAAAUGCAAGCCAAUUGCCACACCUAUGGAGGCUAACGCUAGGCUAUGUUCGGAAGAAGGAAAAGACUUGGAAGAUACAACUAUGUACCGAAAAAUAGUUGGUAGUCUAAUUUACCUUACAUUAUCGCGACCAGAUAUAGUUUAUGCAAUUGGUGUGGUUAACUGGUUCAUGCAAACACUAAAGAAGCCGCAUCUUGAAGCAGUACGUCAAAUACUGAGGUAUGUGAAAGGUACAAUAGACCUUGGUCUACUGUACAAUAAAGGUGGAGCAUGCAAGAUAGUUGGGUACUGCGAUGUUGACUAUGGUGGUGAUCAUGACACACAACGAUAA